AUGGAAUCCAACUUCACUCCAAAAGAUGCCUACCUGAGCCACUUCAAUCCUCGAAUUUACCUGGAAAGUUAUUAUACCUUGGCACCCAGUCCUUCCAAAGAAGACCAGAUUCUGAAGUUUAUCCUGAGAAAACUGUCAGAUAUAUUCUCUCCAGACAAGAUAAAAGGAGACCUCUUGAUAGAACUUGGCAGUGGCCCCACCAUUUACCAGUUCCUCUCUGCCUGUGAGUUAUUUAAAGAGAUUGUGGUCACUGACUAUGCUGACCAGAACCUGAAAGAGAUCAACCAGUGGCUGAAGAAGGAGCCAGGGGCAUUUGACUGGUCUCCUGUGAUGAAAUAUGUGUGUGAGCUAGAAGGAGACAGAGAUAAGUGGACUGAUAAGGAAGAAAAAUUAAGAGAGAAGGUAAAACAGCUCCUGAAGUCUGAUGUGACCCAAAGCCAACCAUUGGGCUCUGUUUCCCUUCCUCAAGCUGAUUGCCUACUUACUAUAUACUGCCUUGAAACUGCUUGCAAAGACCUUCCCACCUACCAACAGGCCCUGAAGAACAUCAGUAAGCUGCUGAAACCCGGGGGAACCUUGGUGCUUUUUUCUGUCCUUAAAGGCCACUACUACAUGGUUGAGAAUUACAAGUUCUCCUGUCUCCCUCUUACUCCUGAGGAAAUCAAGGGUGCCCUAGAUAAAGCUGGUUUCAUCUGUGAUAAGUCUGAGGUCAUCCCUAGGAAUUAUGAUAAGGCCCAUGUAAAUCAUGAUGGGAUUAUCAUUUGGGUAGGGAAGAAGCUUAAAUAAAUGC